AUGGCGGCCUGCGGUGGCUGCUGGCAUUACCACACAGAAGGGCAGCUGCUGCUGGGGGUGAUGGGUUCCCCCACUUCUCCAGAGCCGUCUGACUGGAGGCUGCUCACGUUCGCUGUUUACGGCUCUGCCCUGGCCAUUGCAUCCACUGGUUUCUGCAGCUCCCUUUGGCUCAUCGUAUCGAUACAGCCACCUGAAGGAUGCCGGCCACUUCUCCGUAUCGCUCACCCUCUCACCUAUGGCUGGAUUGAAAAAUGCCAAGGUAGUAAUCGUGCCACACCAGCGCUUCAGAACGCAAGAGUAUUGGCUAGCUUCCUGAAACCCCUGCGACCGAGAAACGGUUGCGAAGACCUGCGCCCCGACUUCCACGACCAUCGUGGUGGGAUCUUCUGUGAUAGCCAGGGAAAGUUCCUGGAGACGCACAGCUUCAGGAACGUGGGUGACCUCAAGGACCUGAUCAGUGUGGCGUCCGAUAUCGUGGACCUCAUCAUCGACAUGCUGCAGGCCAACGUUGAGAAUCCGCCCGCCGCUGGCGCGCCGCAGCCCUCGGGCAGGCCGUCGGAGUUGCAUUUCAAGGACCGGUGCUCCGACCCGGCGUUCGAGCAGCCAGCCCGAGGCAUCGUCAACAGCCUCAUGGCCACCGGGCUGGUUGGCAUGGUCUCAUACAAGCCUCUCUCGCUCCUAAACGCCCGUCUGGGUCGCUAUCCGUCUGCCCGGAGCUCUGACAUGGAGAUCGAGGUCAACUCAGCUAUUGGCGCGCUGGAUGUGGACGUCUCCGACUACCUCGACGCUGCGAACGAGAAGGCCAAAAACGACAAAGCCAGGAUAUCCAAGGAAUUCACAGCCUCGGGGCGCCAGCAAGCCGAGACGAAAAUCGACGCCGCCAUCCACCCCUUCGUCUGCGAGGGCAUGCUCGCCGAGCUCUUCAAGCACUACCAGUGGCGCAUGCUGCUCCUCGCGACUCCUCGUCGCGCCCUAGCCGGCAAGGACCUCACACCAGCCUCCCAACCAGGUCUCUGGUCCCAGCUCGUCAGGGUCCCGCGCCACCGGCCCAUCAUCACGACGCCGUUCACCGCGCUCGAGAACUUCAUGACCACCAGCCUCGUAGACCGCUUCCACCCGCCGAGCUUCCGGUACAAGGACAACCCGCUGUACCUCGAGCAGUCGUUCAAACUCUUUGACCUCAAGGGGUACGAGAGCCCGCUGUGGACAAAGUGCAUGUUGUACGGGCACACCACGAACAUCGGAUCCUUUGUCCCGACAUUUCAGCUCGUCGAGUGGAACCAGUGGAAGGCCGUGCUCGGGCAGGAUGUCGUCCUGGUGCCGCUCGAGUAUACCGGUGAGGGCAGGGGCGGGGAGUGGCAGAAGAGGAUCCGCCUGCGGUGCGUGGUGCUGUCCAACUUCGCCGGUGGCACUCGUGCCUUCUCCAAGGAUCAGGAGGGAGGGGCGGCCAACUUGGACCUAGUUGGUGAUGUGAUUAUUUACUAAGUAUAACGAGGAAGUCCGGGGUCUGGGCGACUAGCCACGGGCCACUUGAUGAUAUCAGCUUGGUAGAUCGCGCAGUAUGUAAGGGCCCUCCUGAAAUAAAUCUUCGAGUUUCUUGCCGGCUCUCUACACGGAUCCGUCCAUCUUGACGACCUCCGCUCUACGCCGUCCAUUUCUAGACCCUUUCAGCUCGAACCGGCGGAACCUCACAACCUCCCAUCUGGCCUUCCAGAACUCUGGAACCAAGAUAACGCGGAC